CUAUCUGUUGUAGUUGUGGUGGCAUAUGAUCUCUUUGAUCCAACAUCAAACAUAACCAUUACUUGGGAUGUUGUUUCAUGGACUCCAGACGGCUAUGUUGCUGUGGUGAAGAUGAACAACUAUCAGAUGUAUCGACAGAUCACAAGUCCUGGUUGGACCUUAGGAUGGACAUGGGCAAAAAAGGAAAUAAUAUGGUCAAUGGUGGGAGCUCAAGCAGAUGAUCAGGGAGAAUGCAAGGAAUUUCAGAGCAAUAUUCCUCAUUCUUGUGAGAAGAAUCCUAGAAUCAUUGACAUGCAUGUGGGAGCACCUUACAACCAGCAGUUCCCAAACUGCUGCAAGGGUGGUAUUGUAACUUCACUGGGCCAAGAUCCUGCUAAUUCGCUCGCAGCAUUUCAGUUGAGUGUUGGGAACUCAGGCAAGACCUAUAGAACGGUCAGUCUGCCCAAGAAUUUCUCCCUGCUGGGUCCCAACCAAGGCUACACCUGCAGCUCUGUAUCCAUCGUGCCAUCUUCUGUUUCUUUCUCAUCUGAUGGCCGUAGAAAGACCCGAGCUUUAAUGACAUGGCAACUGGCGUGCAGUUACUCGCAAUUGCUGGCCUCGAGAACCCCAACCUGUUGUGUAUCGAUGUCGUCUUUUUACAACAGUGAGAUAACACCAUGUCCUUCAUGUGCUUGUGGCUGCAUGAACAGUGAAACUUGUGUUAAGAGUGACUUGGUUAUAUCACGUGCGGUAAGAAGAAGCCCACAAUCAGAAGGUACUGCUACUAUGAAGCAAUGCACUCAACACAUGUGCCCCAUUCGGGUUCACUGGCAUGUGAAAAGAAACUAUAAGGCGUUUUGGCGUGUGAGGAUCACCAUCACUAAUUUCAACUACAAUCUGAACUACACUAAGUGGACACUUGUUGCUCAACAUCCAAAUCUCAAUAAUGUGGCCACAGUUAACAGCUUUAUCUAUAAGCCUCUCCUCGUCUAUGAAUCCAUAAAUGAUACAGGUAUGUUUUAUGGUGUAGAGAAGCUCGAGAAUGACCUCCUACUGCAGGCUGGUUCAAAUGGAAGUGUGUAUUCAGAGAUGAUUCUCCGAAAAGAUGAGAAAAUAUUCACAUUAAACCAUGGUUGGGCCUUCCCGCGUAAAGUCUACUUCAAUGGUGACGAAUGCAUAAUGCCUCUGCCUGUUUCUUACCCAUCUCUUCCAAACUCGGUCCUUCCUGUUUCAGAUAUCAGACGACUGGUCAUUAUUCAAAUAUUAGUAGCAAUUGUUUAUCAGUUACUCUAA